GUUAUCGUUAUACAGCAAGCUGAAUCUUUCGAGAAGCUCAAGGGCACACGUAGCACUGAUACUCAGCGAUGUGGCUACUCUUGUAUGCUUUAUGCUGUCCAUGAGGAUAAUCAAUUCGUCAUCAGAAAGGUUGUUUCGCAACAUAACCAUCAGAUUAUGCAAGAUCCUCGCGUGUAUGCUCUUAACCGUCGCUUAGAUGCAGUUCAACUUGAAAGAGUAUG